UAUGUCACCAUGCUGUCACAAAAUAUAAAAGUAUCCGCAAACGAUUCGUCUAAUGACGGUCUAGAAAGUAUCAUGCCUCACUUUGUACUUUGUGUCCGAGAUUUCAAUCUUGAACUAGAACACAAUGGAGAAGAAAUGACGGCCGAUGAAUAUCUAGAAAUGUGCCUCCAAACAAAAACCGCUGAGACCCAAGAAGAUGAGAAAUAUAACAGACCACGAGAAUGUAUUAAGAGAUACUUCACACGGAGGAAAGUGUUUACAUUUGACAGACCAGCUGGUCGAAAAGUAAUGAGAACUUUAGAUUUGGCCAGAGAAGAAGACCUUAAUGAGGAUUUUGUACAUGAAACAGAGAAAUUCUUGGCAUAUAUUUAUACUUGCCCAGGAAAAUAUCUUCUUAAUAAAUCGCCCGUAACAGGAAGCAUGUUAGCUAAACUUCUAAGAGAAUAUGUUGCCACAAUAAGUGAUGGCAAUGUACCAUGUGUCGAAGAUGCUAUAAUGAUCAUGACAAGGCAAGAAAACGAAAAGCACGCAAAGGUAGCUGUCGAAGAGUUCAAAGUAUUUCUAAAACAAAUACAGCUUCCGGUAUAUGACAAAAACAAAUUGUGUAAUUCAAACUUAAAGUUCAAAAAAGAGCAGUUAUCAAGUCUGCAGUCCAAACUGAUGUUUGAUACAGACAGCAAAUUCCAAAAUUCAACAGAGGAUGAAAUGCAAACACUUUAUGAAGAAUUUGAAAAACAUAAUUCAAAGCUUUUGUAUGAGAAAUGUAUAAAUACACUUCACAAGAUGCACGAGACAACUGUGAAAGUAAACAUUGAAAAGGGAAAGUACGCAACUUCUGGUGGCCACGAUGUCUACGACCAAGACAUGCGUGUUCUAUAUGAUGAAUACAAUAACGAACUCAAAAACAUAGACAUCGCUGAGAGAAGAAAGGCGCAACACGAUUUUGAAAGCAAAAUGAUACAUGAGAAUAAGCUGAUGGUGACAGAGGAUAAAAAGUUGACAGAGAAAGAGUCAAAAGAGUUAAUGACUACAAAACUAAACACAUUGAAAACUGAGUUGAUACAGUCACAAAAAAAUGAGAGAAUAAAACUUGAGGCAAAACUUGAUGAUCAACGCAGAUUUUACGAUGAAAAAAGGGAAACGGCUAAACGGAAAGAAAAAGAACGAGAAAGAAGAAUAGCUGAUGAACAUAGAGAAGAGCUAAGAAGAAUGAAGGAGGAAUUUGAAUAUGAGAUAAAAAGGGAACGAGAAAAAAGAAUAGCUGCAAAAGAAAGAAGGGAUAUGGAAAAUGAAAGGAGACGUUUAAAUGAACGUGAGCGUGCACUUGAACAAAAUAAAUGGUGUUAUUUAUCAUAAUGUUGAACAUUUUGUAAAAUCGCAUCAUUUUUUUUUUUAUUUGCUUACAUUUCGUAUAAUGAAUGUUGUAUUCAACUGAAAAUAGCUGGUAAUUCUUUUGUAAAAGAAACGUGUACUCGUAUUUAUGACAUACAUAUGCUUAUCUUUUAAGAAAGGAUGUGCAUAACUCUAUGAUGAAAAAAUAGAUAUAAGAAAGAUCAAAUCAAACUUUAAAAUGAUCUCAAAAAAGACAUGGAGAUAUGUUUAGGUAAAGGAGAUUUGUAUGCAAUGCAUUUAAACUUUGGUAAUGUGUGCUGUAGAGUUAUCCCUCAUAAAUCUUUUUUGGAAUAGCUUUACAUGGUUUUAUGAUGUUUUUAUCUGUGGUUUUAUAAAUUUAUAUGUUAUGCCAACUUAUAAUAA